AUGGCUCCAGAUCCAUCACCACCACCACCACCACCAUCCAAGACUCCCAAGGCGACCACUGAAGAACCGCCUGAGUACGAUGGCAUCGCAGCGGACGCCGUCUUCAACACAGCCGAACUCAUCGAGAAGAUCCUCGUCGACGUCCCCUUGAAGACACUGCUCACGAGUCAGCGUGUGAGCAAGCAGUGGAAAGCUACGAUUGCUGGGAGCAAGGAGAUUCAAAAGAAGCUGUUCUUCACACCUGCUGUGGCCAAGCGUGCUUUCCGAAAGUUCGAAUACUUGGACGAUGAGUACGCCGAUGAUGAAGAGUGCAUGUUCGACUACUGGUUCCGAACCUAUGCGGUGGAAUCCGUUGCUCUGGACACCGUGGAACCUGGCAUGAGAGUUGCGCUGCAGGCCUCUCUCAAUCCACUGUUCAAGGUCACUUCGACAUUCGAUAGUGACAGCCACCCACACAACAGGGCUGACUGUGGUGAGCUCAUCGUUGUCGCAAGCAAAGACUUACUUGCAUUCAUCACGCAAACGGCAAAAUACUCUAAUUCAUUCUUGGAGCCUUCUUACCUCGACAUGUUCUUGUGCCAGCCUCCAGCGAACGCCGUCAAGCUUCGUUGUGGAGGCCGCAUCAUCGUCGUCCGUAGACAGAUGGGAUUGCGAAUCAGAGACAUCGUGGAGAUGUGCGACAAGAUGAGUCAAGAAUUUGAAACUGAGGGACAUGGGGACAGCAGCUGCAUCUUCCUCCCAAGAGCCGAAAUGUUCGACAUCAAACUUGCUGGUGUCGCCUUUCAUCAGGAGCUCGGAGAUGCUUUGCUGUUCUGCACGACGGAAGACUAUGGAGUGGAGGAUCCGAGCACGAAGAAAGGCGUGAUAUACAAGGACUGA